CUGGUAUCCUUCCCCGAGCAUCAGAUGGAGAGGAAAACACAGGGUGGAGUCAGCUCUCGCACAAAGGAAAUGUUGAGGUUGUAAAUCGUGCCCAAGCCGAGCACUGAGAGCAGCCACUGGAAGCAGCCGCGGUGACCGGCGGUCAUGACAACGGAGACAGGCCCCGGCUCUGAGGUGAGGAACGCGCAGGAAGAGGCUCCGCAGCAGCAGCUGGGGGCGGCCGCCCAGGGCCCCACGGCCGCUCCCAGCCCCGCCGGCCGCGACACCGACCCCAAUGAGAAGCUCGGGGCACAGCCCGACACCCGAAACAUGGAGCCGGGCACAGACAUGGAGGACAAGGACUACAGUGAGACAGAUGGACUGUCUGACAAAACAACUCCAAGCAAGACCCAGAAGUCACCCCAGAAAACCACCAAGAAAGUGAAGAGUGCCCUGUGCAGGGUGACCCUGCUCGAUGCGUCCGAGUAUGAGUGCGAGGUGGAGAAACACGCCCGAGGCCAGGUGCUCUUUGACAUGGUGUGCGAGCACCUCAACCUCCUGGAGAAAGACUACUUCGGCCUCACCUUCUGUGAUUCAGACAGCCAGAAGAACUGGCUGGACCCUUCCAAGGAGAUCAAGAAGCAGAUCCGCAGUGGGCCCUGGAACUUCGCCUUCACUGUGAAGUUCUACCCUCCAGACCCUGCCCAGCUCACAGAGGACAUCACCAGAUACUACCUGUGCCUGCAGCUCCGUGCCGACAUCAUCACGGGGCGCCUGCCCUGCUCCUUCGUCACCCACGCCCUGCUGGGCUCCUACGCCGUCCAGGCUGAGCUGGGUGACCACGACACCGAGGAGCACGUGGGCAACUACGUGAGCGAGCUGCGCUUCGCCCCCAACCAGACGCGGGAGCUGGAGGAGCGCAUCAUGGAGCUGCACAAGACCUACCGGGGAAUGACCCCUGGGGAAGCAGAGAUCCACUUCCUGGAGAACGCCAAGAAGCUCUCCAUGUACGGAGUGGACCUGCACCAUGCCAAGGACUCCGAGGGCAUCGACAUCAUGCUGGGUGUCUGCGCCAACGGCCUCCUCAUCUACAGGGACCGGCUGCGCAUCAACCGCUUCGCCUGGCCCAAGAUCCUGAAAAUUUCCUACAAGAGGAGCAACUUCUACAUCAAGAUCCGCCCGGGGGAGUAUGAACAGUUUGAGAGCACCAUUGGCUUCAAGCUGCCCAACCACCGCUCAGCCAAGAGGCUCUGGAAGGUCUGCAUAGAGCAUCACACCUUCUUCAGGCUGGUGUCCCCAGAGCCACCCCCCAAGGGCUUCCUGGUGAUGGGAUCCAAGUUUCGGUACAGCGGGCGCACGCAGGCGCAGACGCGCCAGGCCAGCGCCCUCAUCGACCGCCCCGCGCCCUUCUUCGAGCGCUCCUCCAGCAAACGCUACACCAUGUCCCGCAGCCUGGACGGAGAGUUCUCGCGCCCAGCCUCCGUCAGCGAGAACCACGAUGCCGGGCCUGAGGGUGAGAAGCAGGAUGAGGACGGUGAGUUUGGCAGCAGGAGACGCUCUGAGACAGAGGAUGAGGAGGUGACCACCCCGACGAAGAUCAAGGAGCUGAAGUUUUUAGACAAGCCAGAGGAUGUUUUGCUGAAGCAUCAGGCCAGCAUCAAUGAGCUGAAGCGAACCUUGAAGGAGCCCAACAGCAAACUGGUUCACAGGGACCGGGACAGGAGGCUGCCUUCCUCACCAGCCUCUUCCUCACCCAAGCACGAGGAUGAAACACCAAAGGGAACCCCUGAAAAGGCCACUGAGAGAGCGGGCGUGAGGGAGGGGCCUGAGGAGAGGGUGAAACCGCCCCGGCACAGGGCCCCCGAGAGCGACACCGGCGACGAGGAGCCCGACCAGGAGAAGGACUCGGUCUUCCUGAAGGACAACCACCUGGCCAUCGAGCGCAAGUGCUCCAGCAUCACGGUCAGCUCCACCUCCAGCCUGGAAGCGGAGGUGGACUUCACCGUCAUCGGGGACUUCCACAGCACAGCCUUUGAGGACAUCUCCCGGAGCCUGCCCGAGCUGGACAAGGACAAGAGCGAAACGGAAGAUGAAGGCCUGGCUUCCUUCCAGCACACUGACAAAGUAGUUUCCGGACUGGAAGAGGAUGUCAAAGGCAGGGAUAAGGUCUCCCAGCCCAGCCCAGAUGUCUCCCAGCCAGAGCCUUCAGCCCCAAAAGUGGACGCUGUGACUGUGAAGAAGCCUGAAGCAGAAGGCUCCACUCCCCAUCGGGUCAGCACCACAGACACAGCCCAGGUGGAUGGAGGCACCCCAGGCAGCAGGGACACCACCACCACUGCCCAGGAUCAAGGCACCAAGGCUGGUAAAGGGGCCGCUCCCAGCACAGACCUUCGCUCCCUGUCACCGAUCUCCGGCGGCUCCGCUGGGAAGGAGGUGCUCACCAGCAUAUUCAGCGCCACUGCGGAAACGCUCUCCACUUCCACCACCACCCAUGUUACCAAGACUGUGAAAGGGGGGUUCUCCGAGACCCGGAUAGAGAAGCGCAUCAUCAUCACGGGAGAUGAAGAUGUGGACCAGGACCAGGCACUGGCUUUAGCAAUCAAAGAGGCAAAACUCCAGCAUCCUGACAUGCUGGUAACCAAAGCUGUGGUGUACAGAGAAACAGAGCCCUCUCCAGAGGAAAGGGACAAGAAACCUCAGGAAUCUUGACCAACAUGUUCCUGGAAGUCAACAUCUAUAUUCCAACCUGGAGAACAGGGGAGAAGGAGCCUUCAUGCUGGAUUUCUCAGCAAGACAUAGACAUCCUGGCUGCAAUGUUCAUGGCAAGAGACAAAAAUUUUUAAAAAAGGAAUAGCAAAUAUAUUAUAUAUAUAUAUACAUACAUACAUAUAUAUAUAUAUAUAUAAAAACAGGAAACAAAAUGCAUCCUUGCACUGCUGCUAUAUGCUGGAAUCGAAUAGCAAACAACACCACCAAUAAACAAAGCCAACCCUCUGCAGAUAAAUUGAAGAUUUCCUGGAUUGGUGAUCAAAUCAGAUUUAAAAAGUCAUAAUAAUAACAAUAAUCUCGGUAACAAUACAAUAAGCCACCAUCUUGCAUGUUACAUGAAAGGACACACAAUCAUGAGUUCAUUUGUUGCACACUGAAUGGAAAGAAAAAUUGCUUUGCAACAAAGCAAGUAAGCAAACUGAAGUAAUAUACCACAAGCAGAAGCAAAACCAUUCCCCACCUCUGGAAAGAAGAGAGAAAAACAUUCAAGUUAUGACCAUAGAGUUAUUUUCCAAUUCACAAGUGUCGUUUUGCCCUUCUCCUCAUUCCAUGCUGGUUUUUUGCAUUUUUUGGGGGUUCUGUUGACUCUUCCCCUUCCCUUCCUUAUCUUCUCUGUGCACUUGUCCAACCUCUUGUUCUCUGAAGGUAUUUAGGAAUGGGUUUCAUUUCAAACAAAGCAAAUGAUAUGUACAUGGUUUCUCAUCUCUAAUGAGCAGCCUGUGGGG